AUGAAGUCUAAUAAGAAUGUAGAUGAAAGUGUUGGAGGAGGAAUUGAUGUAAGAGUAGGGGUUUCAAAUGAGGACGAUGGUGGAGAUAUAGACUUGGCAGAAUCUGAAGAUAUUGAGAGGUUAAAGUUUACUUCUAGGAGUGUGUUAAAGGAGGCUAUUCUAAAUUAUUCUAUUCAACAGCACUAUGAUCUAGUGUACAUGAAGAAUGACACUAAGAGGAUUCACAUGGGUUGUUCACUUUGCUUUUGGCAGAUGACUGCUGGUCCAGAUUGUCAUGAGGCUGGUGUUUGGCAAAUAAAAUUUAUUAAUCAUGAUCAUACUUGCUGCAGGACUUUUAAAAAUAGAUUAAUAACUGAUAACUGGAUUGCACAUGUUUAUCUUGAUAAAAUUCUGAGGGAUCCAAAGAUGAAGCCAAGUAACAUUGUAUCUGACAUUUAUGAGAAUUUUCAAAUUAAUGUCACAUUGAAAAAAUGUAGGAGGGGGAAGGAGAAAGCUCUAAAUGCAGUCCAAGGAUUAAUGCAAAGACAAUAUGGCUUGCUAAAACCUUACAUGAAAGAACUAAUGAGGUCAAAUGUAGGUACUACUUGUGUUCUGAAGGUAGAUGAGGGAGAGGCAGGACAACCAAGCACAUUUCUUAGAUUUUACGUUUGUUUUGAGGCAUUGAAGAUGGGUUUCACUUUGGGGUGUAGAAGAAUAUUUGGUCUUGAUGGUUGUUUUCUGAAACAUGCUUGUGGAGGGCAAUUACUUUGUGCAGUGGGGAGGGAUGGUAAUAACCAAAUGUGGCCCAUAGCAUGGGCAGUGGUUGAGGGGGAGACAAGGAACUCAUGGCAAUGGUUCCUAAGAAUUUUGACUGUGGAUCUAAACAUGAAUGAUGGUAAUGGUUGGACAGUUGUGUCAGACCAACAAAAGGGAUUGGUUCCUGCUAUACAUGAAGUAUGGCCAGCAGUUGAGCAUAGGCAAUGUGCUAGGCACAUUUAUUCUAAUUGGAGGAAAAUUCAUAGUGGGAGGGUCCUGCAAAGUCAAUUCUGGAAAUGUGUUAAAGCCACCUCUAUGCCAAUUUUUCAAACUGAAGCUGCCAAGCUAAGGAUAAUUUCAGAGCAAGCUUAUGAAGACUUCAUGGCUAGAGACCCCAACACAUUCUGUAAGUCUCAUUUCAAAUGCCACAGUAAAUGUGAUGUUGUAGACAACAACAUGGCCGAAACAUUCAACUCUUUUAUAUUACUUGCAAGAUAUAAACCUAUAGUGUCCAUGUUAGAGGAUAUUAGAUUAUCUAUAAUGGAUAGAAUGCAAGAGAAAAAGAAACUGAUGUAA